UCACAACUGUAGAACAAGGAAUCACGAUGGUUCGCUCAAAGUAUUUUACCAAAGCCCAGGAAUUUGAUGGAAUGCCAAAGUUGACAGAUUUUAAAAUUAUUGAUGAAGAGAUCGAUGACAACUUGAAGGAAGGAGAGGUUGUUGGUGAGGCAUUAUGCGCCAGUGUGGACCCGUUCAUUAGGGCUUACCCUGUCCCUCCCGGCGCUCCAAUUAUUGGCUUUCAAGUGUUGAAAGUGACGAAAAGUAUGAACAAGAAGUACCCGGUUGGCUGCAAAGUAAUGGGGUUUAGUGGUUGGCGAACGAUAUGCAAGUUAUCCGAUGCUGAUGUUUGGUAUAAAGUUAAUGAAGGACAAAACCCAACCGUAUCACUGGGCGCGCUGGGCAUGCCAGGGAUGACGGCUUAUUGCGGGUUCCUCGAUAUUUGUAAACCGCAAGCUGGUGAGACCGUGAUGGUGAACGGGUGUGCUGGGGCUGUGGGUAACUUGGUGGGCCAAAUUGCCAAGAUAAAGGGUUGCAAAGUAAUCGGGUGUUGUGGAAGCGACGAAAAAGUAAAGUUCGCGAAAUCUCUGGGAUUCGACCAAGUGUUUAAUUAUAAAACCUGCAAAUUUUACCCGAAAACUUUGAAGGAGUUGGCACCUGAUGGAAUCGAUUGUUUCUUUGACAAUGUUGGAGGACAAUUGUCGUCUGACAUUAUGGGUUGCAUGAACAAAGGUGGAAGAAUCGCCGUGUGCGGAGCCAUUACAUCCUACAACUCCAAACAACCACCUAUGGCCACAAUGGUGCAAGGCUUGAUGGUAUUCAAACUGCUCACUAUGAGAGGAUUCCUUGUGCAACAAUAUAAGGAUAAAUUCCCAGAAGCUUUGGUGGAAAUGCAACAGUGGAUCAAAGAGGGCAAAAUCAAGAUCCAUGAAACCCCCUCGAGUGGUUUUGAGAAUAUUCCGCGUUCGUUCAUUGACAUGUUGAGUGGGGGAAACAUUGGGAAGGCUGUGGUUGUGAUGUCAUAAUCGUAGUUGUGAUGUCAUAAUUGUGGAUGUGAUAUUGGAAUAUUGUGAUUGUAAUAAUUAAAGCAAUAUACCUCAUGCUCA